GAUGAAAACAAAAUGGAAUUAUUCAUUGAAAUAUUUAAAUCAGCUUGCAGCAAUUAUCUCAAAAUAUGAAAAUAAAAUCUAGCAGCCUGGAAGGUAGAUCUUCCUUGACCACCCACUUUGAAAAUCUUGUCUUUCAAAGGGAGCCUCUUCCUCUCAAAAAAGGAAGACGUGCAUACUGUACGGAAUAAGGGCAGGAAGGGACACAUCCCUCAUGAGAUUGUCUAGAGGCUGGAGCUUGUGUGUGGGAGAGCUGGUGGUGGGAAUGAGGGCAGGUGACUACAAUGAACCAUUCUCUCGUUGUAAAGUAGAACCAGGACUGGAGAGGAGUUACCUCGGAGUUCUGGACUGGAUGUAGAGAGAUAGUGUUUCUGUCUGCUGCUUCCCUAACCACAUCUUUGCCUCCCAUUGCCGAGUGAGUCAUCCUCUCCCGGCCUUACCAUUUGCCAGCACUGACUCCCACAGACAUCAUGUGAGGAUUAACAAGCCGCAUUGUGGAAACAUCACUGAAACUCUGUGGAAGAAGCGGUGCAAGAUGCGGAUGGAAACCUGUGUCGAAGGAACCACCUGUUGCAAGUCGUGCUGACCAUGCAUCGGAUUAUCAUCUCCUCUGCAGAACUGCUCCGAAAAGUUGUCACCCUCUAUAAGGAUGCUUUGGCAAAGAAUUCACCAGGACUUUGCUUGAAGAUCUGCUAUUUUGUAAGGUAUUGGAUAACAGAAUUCUGGGUCAUGUUUAAAAUGGAUGCCAGCUUGACAGACACUAUGGAGGAGUUUCAGGAACUGGUGAAAGCUAAGGGUGAGGAGUUACACUGCCGCCUGAUUGACACAACUCAAAUCAAUGCCCGUGACUGGUCCAGGAAACUUACUCAAAGGAUAAAAUCAAAUACCAGCAAGAAACGGAAAGUCUCCCUGCUCUUUGACCAUCUGGAACCAGAAGAGCUAUCCGAGCACCUCACCUACCUUGAGUUCAAGUCCUUCCGAAGGAUAUCAUUCUCUGAUUAUCAGAAUUACCUUGUAAAUAGCUGUGUGAAGGAAAACCCCACCAUGGAGAGAUCUAUUGCUCUGUGCAACGGUAUCUCCCAGUGGGUACAACUGAUGGUUCUCAGCCGCCCCACCCCGCAGCUCCGAGCAGAAGUCUUCAUCAAGUUCAUCCAGGUGGCUCAGAAGCUCCACCAACUACAGAACUUCAAUACACUGAUGGCUGUGAUAGGUGGGCUGUGUCACAGCUCAAUCUCGAGGCUCAAGGAGACAAGUUCGCAUGUCCCACAUGAAAUCAAUAAGGUUCUCGGUGAGAUGACUGAGCUGCUGUCCUCCUCCAGAAACUAUGACAAUUAUCGGCGAGCCUAUGGAGAGUGCACUGACUUCAAGAUCCCCAUUCUGGGUGUGCAUCUCAAGGACCUCAUCUCCCUGUAUGAAGCCAUGCCUGACUACCUGGAGGACGGGAAAGUGAAUGUCCACAAGCUACUGGCCCUGUAUAAUCAUAUCAGUGAAUUGGUCCAGCUGCAAGAGGUGGCCCCACCCUUGGAGGCCAACAAGGACUUGGUACACUUGCUGACGCUAUCCCUGGAUCUCUACUACACUGAGGAUGAAAUCUAUGAGCUUUCCUAUGCCCGGGAACCAAGGAACCACAGAGCUCCACCACUAACACCUUCAAAGCCACCAGUAGUAGUGGACUGGGCUUCUGGAGUAUCUCCCAAACCUGAUCCAAAGACCAUUAGCAAACACGUCCAGAGGAUGGUGGAUUCUGUCUUCAAGAACUAUGAUCACGACCAGGAUGGAUACAUUUCUCAGGAAGAAUUUGAAAAGAUUGCUGCGAGUUUUCCAUUUUCCUUCUGUGUGAUGGACAAAGACAGGGAAGGCCUCAUCAGCAGGGAUGAGAUCACAGCCUACUUCAUGCGAGCCAGCUCAAUCUAUUCCAAGCUGGGCCUGGGCUUUCCUCACAACUUCCAAGAGACCACCUACCUGAAGCCCACUUUUUGUGACAACUGUGCUGGAUUUCUCUGGGGAGUGAUCAAACAAGGAUAUCGAUGUAAAGACUGCGGGAUGAACUGCCACAAACAGUGCAAAGAUCUGGUUGUGUUUGAGUGCAAGAAGCGAGCCAAGAACCCAGUAGCUCCCACAGAGAACAACACCUCUGUGGGGCCAGUGUCCAACCUUUGCUCACUGGGAGCCAAAGAUCUGCUCCAUGCACCUGAGGAAGGACCUUUUACAUUCCCUAAUGGGGAGGCUGUGGAACACGCUGAGGAGAGUAAGGAUCGGACCAUCAUGCUGAUGGGAGUGUCCUCACAGAAGAUUUCUCUUCGGCUGAAGAGGACUGUUGUCCACAAGGCCACCCAGACUGAAUCACAGCCUUGGAUUGGCAGUGAGAGCCCUUCAGGUCCCUUUGUGUUAUCUUCCCCAAGGAAGACAGCCCAGGAUACUCUUUAUGUGCUUCCCAGCCCCACCUCUCCAUGUCCUAGCCCAGUCUUGGUCAGAAAGCGGGCUUUUGUCAAGUGGGAGAAUAAAGACUCCCUCAUAAAAUCAGAGGAGCUCCGUCACCUCAGACUGCCUACCUACCAAGAGCUGGAACAGGAAAUAAAUACUCUGAAAGCAGAUAAUGAUGCCCUAAAGAUUCAACUGAAAUAUGCACAGAAGAAAAUAGAAUCCCUCCAGCUUGAAAAAAGCAAUCAUGUCUUAGCUCAAAUGGAGCAGAGUGACUGUUCUUAGCCUAGAAACUCAAGUAGCACAAUCUGUAGAUGAGUACAGUGGAGAUCUCAUUUCCUAAACUAUAACGCACAGACCUGAGGAACUUUAGAUUGCCCAGCUUUAAAACAGUACUUUAAAAGGAAAAGCCUGUUACUGUUUAUUUACUUAAAAGAUUCGUAAUGUGCAGCAUUGUUUUUCAGUCAGUUGACUCAAAGGGGGAAAACUAAAGAAUGCAAAACUUUUGCUAUUCAUACCACUGACGUUCAUCAAAAGUAUGCGAUCUAAAACACGACUGUCGCUUCCUGACAAAGGGGCAUCUCAGUGGCCUGCCUGGCUGAUUCGUCCUUAAAACUAAAAUCUCUGGAAAAUGUAUUUGCUUCUUACCCUGUGUUUUCUGCAAACUGACUUAUUUUGUUCCAGCCAAAGCUUGCUAAUAAUAGAAAACUACCCAUAUUCCAAAAGUAGAUUUCCUCUGUAUCCCAGCAUACUUUGUGAACCUGGCUCCUUCUUCACUACCUCAGAUCUAAUCAAUUAGCCUAUGUACCCUCCUUCCUCACUACAGUCAUAACACACGAGCAUAUCUACCUAGAAGCGAAUUUCUACUGAUGUAGCCACAACUUUUUAGAGGCCUAUAAAACAUGACAUCAUCCAAUUGCAGGUCAACUCAUAGUUGUAGCCUUGCAACUUAACAGUCAUCAUAACAUAAGUAAUCAAAUUAGGUACCUGGAAACGUAGUUAUUACCAUCUCAUAUUACUCUCUAAUUAAAAUAAACCUAACGCAAACAUGUUUGUCCUUAUAUAUUCUACAGUGGAUAGAAUUAGGAAUUGAUGGCUUUAAAAAAAGAAUCUAUGAAGAGUCUGUGUAACUCUUCAUGUUCCAUCUUUAUCUCUGAAGUAAACUAUUUUGAAAGUCCUCCUUUUUAACUGAAUUUGUGCUUAACUGUCUUCACUAUUAAUACUAUUUAGAAAUAAGCUAAUUGGAUCAGUGGCUUAAAUAACAGCUGUGUGUACAUAUGUAUAUAAUAUGUAUAUACAAUAUCAGGCAUGCAUGUGGCUUGGAAUUUUGUUUCCUCCAUAAAAUGUGGAAGUGAAUAAAACAAGUUUUAGUCAUUUAUACAAAGUCACAAAUAUAAAGUUCAGUUUGUCACAAGAUUAAAUUGCUCACAAGGUAAAAUUGUAUUGUUUGGCAAAAUCACAAGUAACAAUCCUGUGAGUUUUCUAUUAUGCAGGUUAAUAAUAAAUGGGCUCAUUUAAUUGCCUGGGCAACUAUUCACAAAUUCAUUUGUCAGCCUCUUUUUAGUUCUCUUAAAAAAAAAAAAAAAAAAUCAUAUGAUCAUUUUCCUUUUUGGGGGUACUUAGCUUCCAUGCCUAUAAAGUCUGCUACUAGACUGACUUGAAAUUCAUAAACAAGUUGUCCAAUUGCCAAGAAUAUGUUAACAAUUAAAAGUUCCAAACCUAAAGCCAAUAACACCAAAUCUUCAUAAGAAUACGAAGUAUAUAUACAGUAUUGCUUGCCUGGAGGAUUCAGAUCAUUUAGGAAUUCUCUUUGAUGAAAGACCAGUCCCCAUUUGCAUUCCUCCUUGCACUGAAUUUUAGUGAUGUAGAACUAGCUUGUAGUUAGUGUUACAUUAUAUUAUAAAGAAUCAUUUUACACACAUAUUUACCCUUUUCCAAAUUUAAACUCAGAAAUACCCAAAGCAGGCCUGCUUAGGCCCACUACCUGGCAUAUAAACUUAAUAGUAACACUUUGUUACUUGCUUUUUAUAGGACAAAUAUGAGUUAGGACAAACUCUAAAAUUCAUAUUCUUCACUGUUCUUCUUUUCCUUUUAUAUAAACCAAAGAUGGUAUACUCCAAUUUUUUAAAACAGUCAAGGAACACAAUUUUUUUCAUUCCUCCUCCUCUCCAUUCAAAAUAAAGAUCCCCAGUUUUUAUAUAAAUAAUCUAUAGGGAUUCAAAAGGUUGCAGUCUCCUUAAUUAGUCAAAUUAGCAAUGGCUAAACAGUAUCCAGUACUGCAGAAUUUAUCACUGGAAUGCAUAAGAGGAAACAGUUUCAUCACAGGUUUUUACAGUCCAGCAAGGGCCAAGGAGGUAUAGUAUACAAGUUAAUAGUAUUUGCGUUGAGCAACAUGGGGCUAGAGGGAUCACAGAAAUAAUAUGAAAACAAAAGCAAGGUUUUGGCUUAUCAAGCCGAGUGCAAAUUUUUGCAUCUCACACGACUUUAGUUUGGCCAGGUAUUUAUCUGCCAAAACAAGGACAAAUCUUGUUUUAUUAACAGCAGGAUCACUUCUCUUUUUCUUUGCUGACUCACCUUUUUACUGACCAGUUGUGAAUUUGUCUAAAAAUGUAUAAUACAGAACUGCAAGAAAAAAACAAAUGUACAGAUUGUAAAGUUUUUUGAUACCUAAUGUAAGUUUUCUUUGUGUAAUAUUUAUAUAAAAGACAUUAGGAUCCCUACAA